CAUCAUGUCAAAAAAAAUCGGUCAUAAUGUAGCUUUAAAAGUUAUGUAACACCCCCCUCGAAUUCGUUGGCAUACCGAUUUAUGGGUAGCAAUGGUUUCUCCUCAGAAAUUCCCCUUAUGUCAUAAUUGUCAAACCCAAAUGUCAUGGGUGAAAUGACAAAGCUGUCAAACGUCCAAUGGAGUUUCAUGUUCCAAUCCAUUUUUAAUCCUUGUUUUUACAUUUACCUCAAUUUGUAUUCAGUUAUGUUGUGGUUGAAUUUCAAUGCUUAUUAAUGCAUAAACAUAAAUGUUGGUGUUAGAAUGGUGAUACAGCAGGAAUUGUGUCUUGUGUAGUAAAAGAUACGGUACCCCGCGAAACUACCGUUUUUCUUUCGUAUAAAUUCAUCAUGAAGUAAACAAAAAAUACAACUUUCUGUCUUAUUAGCCUAGCAGCCUUCAUAACUAAUGACGAAUAGUGUAUUUCAAAAUCGCAGCUGUUUUUCGAUGGCUUGAAUAAUGAAGAGUUUGAAGAGCGUCUCAGUUCAGGUCCUUGAUAGUGAUAUCGCAUAUUUGCUUCCUAAUGCUUCUGGUCGAGAUAGCAGGCAAAUGGAAUCCAGAUCGUCCAGGCUGAAACAAGCAUGUUUACUCGUAUUGGGUAUGUGUAUCUUUGGCAUAUUUGGAUUGGGCUAUUAUUGCCCGGACAAGGUGUGUGCCCUGAGUCCCAGUCAGACCAUGAGAAUGGAAGACAACUUUGGUAAACCAUUGAGGCGGAUUAGUAACAAAGUGGGACUCAGUUAUGAUGACAUGCUGAAUGAUGAUUUCACCUUUGAUAUGGACUCUCAUGACGUCAUGGUGUUCUUGCAUAUGCAGAAGACUGGUAUGUUAUCUUUAAUUACAAAUUGGAUAAUCAUCUAG